CUGCCCCUUCCUCCCACCCCCAUCCCCAUCCCCGUUCGCCUUCCCCCACCACCCCGACCUCCUCGACCUCUACCUCCCCGCCGACCCCUUCUUCGCCCCGCCCCCCAUCCCCUCCCCGCACGCCUUCCUCCUGCACGACCUCACCGACCGCGUCGCCGCGCUCGAGCUCGCGGCCCGCGCGGCCGCCCCGCAGCCGGCGCGCCGCAAGUACACCUACGCGGCCACGGAGCCCGGCGGCCGGAAGGUCAAGUGGACGGCGGAGGAGAAGCCGCGCGGCGGGGGCCGGGCGCUCAAGUGGGAGGCGGCGCCGCAGGAUCCACAGCCAGUUCACGGAGGAACACGAAGCUUGCGCCACUUCACGAAGGAGGACGUCGAGGGUCACCUUUCCCCUUGCCGUUAAGAUGGUUGGUUUUCUACCCGGUUCUGAUGACUGGACUGACGUCGUUGCAUACAAGUUGGCCAAAGCCGUCACCAAUGGCCUGCCAUAUCUGCCCCUCCCUGCCCCUCAGCCCCAGCCGGACCCCCAGGCGGUCAAAGUUCCCGUGGUUGUUGAUGGGAGCCGUAUUGUGUGUUCCAAUCGGAAAGCUAUCAGCCGCCAGCACGUAUUGUAUUCUGUUUUGAGGUCGAGUUCGCAUGCACACUGCAUACUGUCGGGCCUGGAAAUCUACUCAAUAGACAUGCAAUUUCUCCAUGAAGCUCUAAGUUUUCGUCUCUCACCACGAUCCUUGAGUACUGUGGAGCAGCUUCUUCAUCCAGCCUCUUGUUUUCGUCUUCAGCAGGACUACAAGGCGAAUUGCUACAUAAACAGCAGAGAGAGAGCAUGGGGACGGCCUGCCCCACAUCCCAUGAGGAACAACACACAGAUCAUCUACACGGGCAACAGACGCACAAGAGACAAAUAGUUGGGAAGUUUCUCCUACCUAGCGAGGCGUCCAUAGUUGCCAGAGACAAACCCAACUAGAAGGUCAACAUCUCAGGUCCUUUGCGAUUCUAUAUAUCCAACUGCAGUAGCCAUUGCCAACCUAUUGUAGAUCACUUAUGCACGUACCAACUAGGUGUACCUUUUUCUUGUAUGAACUACUGUACUUUGCAACUAAUCAAGUCUUGGGACGACUCACCAAACAUUACAAAAAUCAAAUAACUUACCAAUCCAUAGAGCGCGGCGUGCCGUCGCGCACUACCCGCUAGUGUCUUCUAGUCUUCUUCUAACUUUCUUCGGGUGCUUGUCUAUAUGUCUUCUAGUCUUCUUCUUUUAACUUUCUCUUUCCCAUU